AGUUACAAGCUAGUGAGCUGUAACGGCUGCAGUGUCUGCCAGGACACAGGAGAUCUGCUACAGCUGGCCAUGCAGAUAUCAGAGGUGGGCAAUUGAUCAAAAACACCUGUUUUGUGUUUUACUUCCGAAAUGCAAACACGAAAAGUUUACUGAACAAAAUCAUCCAAUUAUAAAGGCUUUUUUUUUUGCUGCACAUUUACAUGUUUGUAAUAAUUUUCCUGAAUUACCAAGAGUUUCACAUGGGAUUUCCCAAUAUAGGCCUAAAGCUUGUGCGUUUCAGCUGCCUGAGUAACCAAAUGCCACCAUGCAGUCUCGUCCAGCAGGCAGGAGCGGAAGUUGAGGAUGUCUGUGUAUGUUGAGCCAUGAGCAAAUCUUGCACACCGCUUCAUAAAUCACGGCAGACUCAGCUGCAGACAUUUGGCCCGGCUUUUACUCUGGGAGCAUGAUUUCAAAAAACAACUCUAGCCGUUCACAACAAACCAACUUCAAUCUGGUCCAAGUGAAGGGAGCCUGGAAUCGACAACCAGAGCAGAGCCAAACAGCAGAGGGAAAGCUGUCAGAUGCUAAAAUCUAUGAGAACAAGUCAGAACAUGGAGUUUCUUGGACAGUGUUCAGCCCCGUCAUGUUCACCUACAAAGUCAUUCAGUGCAGAAACAUACUGGAUCCCAGCAACGACACUCUGCUCUGGGGUCACGUAGGAGAUGAAGAACUUGAAGGAACCUUAACGAACUCCAAACCAGUGAAGCGUUUUGUUGUCAUUGAUGAAACUGUCAAUCAGCUCUAUGGCUCCCGGGUUACUCAGUACUUUGAGGCCAGACAAGUUGUUCACAAGAUCCUCCCGCUGCCCACCACCGAAGAGAACAAGAGCCUGGAGUUAGUGACCAAGAUCCUGCAGGAGGUUCACGAGUUUGGUAUCGACAGACGCUCUGAGCCGAUCAUAGCCAUCGGAGGUGGGGUUUGUCUGGAUGUGGUGGGUCUGGCGGCGUCUCUCUACCGCCGAAGGACUCCUUACAUUCGAGUGCCGACCACUGUGCUGUCCUACAUCGAUGCCAGUGUCGGGGCAAAAACAGGGGUCAACUUUGCAGGUGGGAAAAACAAGUUGGGGAGUUACAUCCCACCGGUGGCCACGUUCUUAGACUGCUCCUUCUUCCAAACCCUCCCACCACGUCAGAUCUCUAAUGGAAUGGCAGAGAUGUUAAAGAUGGCCCUGAUGAAGCACAGAGGUCUGUUUGAGCUGCUGGAGGCUGACGGCGGGAGCCUGCUGAGCACCAAGAUGCAGUCCUGUGACACCAGCAGCAGCUCUGAACAUGAAGACAGCGCUGCGGCAUCCAUCCGCAUCGCUAUAGAAACCAUGCUGGAGGAACUGGCUCCUAACCUGUGGGAGGAUGAUCUGGACAGACUGGUGGAUUUCGGUCACCUCAUCAGCCCUGAGCUAGAAAUGAGAGUGUUGCCAGCGUUGCUCCACGGGGAGGCGGUGAACAUCGACAUGUCCUUCAUGGUGUAUGUGUCCCACCAAAAGGGGCUCCUGACAGCAGAUGAGAAGAACCGCAUCAUCCGGUGCAUGCUGGGACUGGAUCUGCCUGUGUGGCAUCAGGACUGUACUCUGGCUCUGGUGCAGAAAUCUCUCAGGGAGCGCCUGAAACAUUCUGCCGGCUCACUGAGGAUGCCUCUCCCCACAGGACUGGGACGUGCAGAAAUCUUCCAUGACAUGAUUGAAGAGAACAUCCUUUGCCAAGCUUAUGCAAAAUGGACCGAUGAGCUUUCUUCUUCUGGGAACAAGUGAAAAAUAUGAAGAAUAAUAAUAUGUAUAACUGAACUAGAAGAACUUAUUUUGUAUUUGUUUAGAAAAAUAGAAAAUUAAAAUGUCUGAAUGUGUUUAACUGCAACCAUAGUGUGCCAUAAACCUGUAGG